AUGGCGAAACACACUCUUCUAUCUAUCUAUCUAUCUAUCUAUCGUGGUUCUUUCAUACUAUCUAUCUAUCUAUCGUGGUUCUUCUAUCUAUCUAUCUAUCUAUCUAUCUAUCUAUCUAUCGUGGUUCUUUCAUACUAUCUAUCUAUCUAUCGUGGUUCUUUCUUACUAUCUAUCUGUCUAUCUAUCCUGUUUCUUUCUUACUGUCUAUCUAUCUAUCUAUCUUGGUUCUUUCAUACUAUCUAUCUAUCUAUCUAUCUAUCUAUCUAUCUAUCCUGUUUCUUUCUUACUAUCUAUCUAUCUAUCUAUCGUGGUUCUUUCUUACUAUCUAUCUAUCUAUCUAUCUAUCUAUCUAUCCUGUUUCUUUCUUACUAUCUAUCUAUCUAUCUAUCUAUCGUGGUUCUUUCUUACUAUCUAUCUAUCUAUCUAUCUAUCUAUCCUGUAUAUAUAUAUAUAUAUAUAUAUAUAUCUAUAUAUAUAUAUAUAUAUAUAUUUAUCUAUCUUACAUCUAUCUAUCUUUCUUUCUUACUAUCUAUCUAUCUAUCGUGGUUCUUUCUUACUAUCUAUCUAUCUAUCUAUCCUGUUUCUUUCUUACUAUUUAUCUAUCUAUCUAUCUAUCGUGGUUCUUUCUUACUAUCUAUCUAUCUAUCUAUCUAUUUAUCUAUCCUGUUUCUUUCUUACUAUUUAUCUAUCUAUCUAUCUAUCGUGGUUCUUUCUUACUAUCUAUCUAUCUAUCUAUCUAUCUGUUGGGAGAACCCCUCAACACUAUCUAUCCUGGUUCUAUCUAUCUAUCUAUCUAUCUAUCUAUCUAUCUAUCUAUCUAACAAACUUUUAUACCCAUUUUCUUUCUAUAUGACACUAUCUAUCUAUCUAUCGAUCUAUCUAUCUAUCUAUAUGUCCGUCUGUCUCUCUUUCUGUUUUAGUCUGUUUAUAGCUACUACUCUAUCUUCGUUUGUUCCUAUCUAUCUAUCUACCACAGUCUCUGUUGAUAUCUAUCUAUAUAUCUUGGUAUGUUCUUAUCGAUCUAUCUAUCCAUCUAUCUAUUAA